AUGGCGGACACCAUUUCAAUUCUUGUUGCCACAGACAACCAUGUGGGAGCCUACGAACGAGACCCGAUCCGUGGCGACGAUUCCUGGAGGACAUUUCAUGAGAUUAUGUGUCUUGCGAAGGAACGCGAUGUCGACAUGGUGCUUCUCGCUGGGGAUCUAUUCCACGAGAACAAACCCUCUCGAAAGUCAAUGUACAAUGUCAUGCGGUCACUACGGCUCAACUGCCUAGGAGACAAGCCUUGCGAACUUGAAAUGCUCAGCGAUGAAUCAGAACACUUUGACGCCACCUUCGACCAUGUCAACUAUGAAGAUCCAAACAUCAAUGUGGGAAUUCCCGUGUUCUCCAUCCAUGGUAACCACGAUGAUCCGACAGGAGAUGGCCACUAUGCCGCGCUGGAUCUGCUUGCCGUUUCGGGUCUUAUCAACUACUACGGCAAGACCCCUCAGAGUGACAACAUCGAAGUCAAACCUGUGCUGAUACAGAAGGGUCGCACCAAGCUCGCUCUAUACGGCCUUUCCAACGUUCGGGACGAGAGGCUCUACCGCACAUUCCGAAACGAGAAGGUCAAGUUCCUUCGACCCAGCCAGCAAAUGGGCGACUGGUAUAAUGUGAUCUGCGUCCAUCAAAACCACCAUGCCUAUACAGAGACAUCGUAUCUCCCCGAGAACUUCCUACCACCCUUUCUUGACUUGGUGAUCUGGGGCCAUGAGCACGAAUGUCUCAUUGAGCCGCGAUGGAAUCCAGAAAUGAACUUCCAGGUUAUGCAGCCAGGCUCCUCUGUUGCUACCUCUCUCAUCCCUGGCGAAGCUGUCCCCAAACAUGUGGCAAUCGUCACGAUCAAAGGGCGGGAGAUGAAAAGCGAGCCGAUUCGCCUAAGAACAGUGCGUCCGUAUGUCUACAAGGACCUGGUUCUAAGCACCGACAAGGAAGCAGUGAGGAUCGCCAAGAACAAGGAGGAGCAUCGACCCGAACUCACGCGGUAUCUGAUUAGUAUCGUCGAUGGAUUGAUUGAACAGGCCAAGGCAGAAUGGCAGGAGGCACAAGAGGAAAGACAAGCCGUGGAUGAGGAGCCGGCAGAAUGCCCGCUCCCGUUGAUCCGACUUCGCGUUGAGACGACGCCUGUCGAUGGGGUGGCCAAGUUCGACGUGGAGAACCCACAACGUUUUUCCAACCGGUUCAUCGACAAAGUCGCCAACACCACGGAUGUCGUCCAGUUCCACGUGAAAAAGAGGAAUGCAGCAGCUCGCGCCGCCCGAGAUGCAGAAGCGGAUCGUGAAGUUAUGGCCAAGUUCCAGGGUCUCGAGAACAUCAAGGUAGAGAAACUGGUGCGGGAGUUCCUCCAAGCACAGUCCUUGACGAUUCUGCCUCAGAACUACUUUGGCGACGCAGUGGCUCAGUAUGUAGAAAAAGAUGACAAGCAUGCCAUGGAGAUGUUCGUGAACGAGUCUCUGGCAGAUCAAAUCAAAAAUCUGGUCAAAAUGCAAGCUGAUGCAAACGACGACCAGGAGGACGAAGAUCUUGCUGCGCAGAUUAACGAGCAGCGCGCGAGAAUGGAAGAGAUGUUUGCCAAGGGUAUGCUCAAGGCCUCGGCCAAUAAGGCUCGCUUCAAACCAAGACCAGACGACUGGGACAGCGAUCAGGGUGGUCACUGGGAAGAACAGCCUGCGGCACUGCUUCGCUCGUCUGAAGAUCUGGAAGAGAACGAGGAGGACGAAGAAGAAGAGGAAGAUGCGACUCCUGCUCCACGUACCGUAGCCCCGACCCGAGGAAGAGGCCAAGGCCGAGGCAGGGGCGGUAGAGCUGGCGCAGCUACAGCGUCGACCAGGAACACCACCACCACCACCUCUAACAAAAAACCUGCAGCGUCUUCAGGUCGAGGGCGCAAGAGAACUGUCCCUGAUGAAGACGAGGAAGACGAAGACGAAGACAUCGCCAUGUUGGACGAUGACGAGGAUGAGGAAGAAAACUCUCAAGCCUUGUUCUUCCCAGACAAGCGCAAACCCACAAGUACCAGAGGCCGCACGACGACCACAACGCCCGCUUCGUCAGGUACUAGAGGCAGGAAAGCCGCUUCGCCGGCGAUAAAGAAGCCAUCUGCUCGUGCCGCAACAACGAGGGCAAAACAGUCAACGCUUAACUUCACCAUGUCACAGAACAGCAUUCUUGGGAACGGUCAAGGUGCGAGAAGCAGGAGUCAAAGCCACGACAUUGAGGAUGACGACGACGACGAUGAUGAAGACGCCUUUGAAUCGGCUCCUGCAACCAGAAGAAGACGCUGA